UGGUCAGCUGGACCGCAUGACAGAAGAGGCACUGAGCUAACGAGGUUGCUGGAGAGAUAACGCUGGAGACGAAAGGAAGUAAAAUAGGCCGUAACGAUUCGGCACAGUGACUUGUGAGUUUGGUGUCACGUAGCAAAUAUCCUUGCUAUCUUUGCAGACACGAACACCGAGAGACCAGCCGAAUUCAUUCCGAAGUGCCUCCAACCGAGCGGCAGCAGCCACCAUGUCGGAAGCAGACCAGUUCCUGUACGGGGACCGCGGUCAGGUGGGCAACCCCAUGGCCCAGGCAGACUGGGCCACCAAGAAGCUGGUGUGGAUCCCCUCGGAGAAGCUGGGCUUUGAGCCAGGCUCCAUUAAAGAGGAGCAGGGCGACGAGUGUGUGGUGGAGCUGUCCGACAACGGGAGGAAGGUGAAGGUCAACAAGGACGACAUCCAGAAGAUGAACCCGCCCAAGUUCAACAAGGUGGAGGACAUGGCCGAGCUCACCUGCCUGAACGAGGCGUCGGUGCUGCACAACCUGAAGGAGAGAUACUACUCUGGACUCAUCUACACAUACUCGGGGCUCUUCUGUGUGGUCAUCAACCCCUACAAAAACCUGCCCAUCUACUCGGAGGACAUAGUGGACAUGUACAGGGGCAAGAAGAGGCACGAGAUGCCCCCCCACAUCUACGCCAUCACAGACACCGCCUACAGGAGUAUGAUGCAGGAUCGUGAGGACCAGUCCAUCCUUUGCACAGGGGAGUCGGGCGCGGGGAAAACGGAGAACACCAAGAAAGUCAUUCAGUAUUUGGCCAAUGUUGCCUCGUCCUUCAAGUCCAAGAAAGAACAGGCCAGUGCAGUACUGUCACAUGGGGAACUGGAGAAACAGCUGCUCCAGGCUAAUCCCAUCCUGGAGGCCUUCGGCAACGCCAAAACGGUCAAGAAUGACAACUCCUCACGAUUUGGGAAAUUCAUUAGGAUUAACUUUGAUGUCAACGGCUACAUCGUCGGGGCUAAUAUUGAAACCUACCUACUGGAGAAGUCCCGAGCCGUAAGACAAGCGAAGGAGGAGAGGGCCUUCCAUAUAUUCUAUUACAUGCUGACUGGAGCCGGAGAUAAACUACGCUCCGAGCUAUGUCUUGAGGACUACAAAAAGUACCGCUUCCUGUCCAACGGGAACGUGACCAUCCCUGGUCAGCAGGACCGCGACCUCUUUCUGGAGACCAUGGAAGCCUUUAAGAUCAUGAGCAUCCCCGAAGAGGAGUCCACAGGUUUGUUCAAGGUGGUGUCUGCUGUGCUGCAGUUGGGAAACAUGAGCUUCAAAAAAGAGCGGAACUCUGACCAGGCCUCCAUGCCAGAUGACACUGCUGCCCAGAAAGUGUGCCACCUGCUGGGCAUAAACGUGACAGACUUCUCCCGGGCCAUCCUGUCCCCCAGGAUCAAGGUGGGCCGAGACUACGUCCAGAAGGCCCAGACCCAGGAGCAGGCGGAGUUCGCAGUGGAGGCCCUGGCAAAGGCCUCCUACGAGAGGAUGUUCCGCUGGCUGGUCUUGAGGAUCAACAAGGCCCUGGACAAGACCAAGAGACAAGGGGCCUCCUUCAUUGGCAUCCUGGAUAUCGCUGGCUUCGAGAUCUUUGAGCUGAACUCGUUUGAGCAGCUGUGCAUCAACUACACCAACGAGAAGCUCCAGCAGCUGUUCAACCACACCAUGUUCAUCCUGGAGCAGGAGGAGUACCAGCGGGAGGGCAUCGAGUGGAGCUUCAUCGACUUCGGCCUGGACCUGCAACCCUGCAUCGACCUCAUCGAGAAACAUGCGGGUCCUCCUGGAGUGCUGGCCCUGCUGGACGAAGAGUGCUGGUUUCCCAAGGCCACCGACAAAAGCUUUGUUGAAAAGGUGGUGCUGGAGCUGGGCAACAACCCCAAGUUCUUCAAGCCCAAGAAACUCAAGGAUGACGCCGACUUCUGCAUCAUGCACUACGCUGGAAAGGUGGACUACAAGGCAGACGCGUGGCUGAUGAAGAACAUGGACCCCCUGAACGACAACGUGGCCACUCUGCUCAACCAGUCUUCAGACAAGAUUGUGUCCGAUCUCUGGAGAGAUAUGGACCGUAUUGUAGGUCUGGAUAAGGUGGCGGGUAUGGCCGACUCCAUGCACGGGGCCUUCAAGACCAAGAAGGGCAUGUUCCGCACGGUGGGCCAGCUGUACAAGGAACAGCUGUCCAACCUCAUGACCACCCUCAGGAACACCAACCCCAACUUCGUCCGUUGCAUCAUCCCCAACCACGAGAAAAAGGCUGGGAAGCUGGAGCCCCACCUGGUCCUGGACCAGCUGAGGUGUAACGGGGUUCUGGAGGGGAUCCGCAUCUGCAGACAGGGCUUCCCCAACCGGGUCGUCUUCCAGGAGUUCAGACAAAGAUAUGAGAUCCUCACUCCAAAUUCCAUUCCUAAGGGAUUCAUGGAUGGAAAGCAGGCUUGUGUGCUCAUGAUCAAGGCUCUGGAGUUGGAUUCCAACUUGUUCAGGGUCGGCCAGAGUAAAGUAUUCUUCAGGGCCGGCGUGCUGGCUCACCUGGAGGAGGAGAGGGACCUGAAGAUCACCGACGUCAUCAUUGGCUUCCAGUCCUGGUGCAGGGGAUAUGUCGCUCGCAAAGCCUUUGCUAAGAGGCAGCAGCAGUUGACUGCCAUGAAGGUGAUCCAGAGGAACUGUGUUGCCUACCUCAAACUCAGGAACUGGCAGUGGUGGAGACUCUUCACCAAGGUGAAGCCCCUGCUCCAGGUGACCAGGCAGGAAGAGGAGAUGCUGGCCAAAGAGGAGGAGCUGGAGAAGGUGAAGGAGAGGCAGUUGCAGGCUGAGGAGAUACUCAGGGAGUUUGAAACCAAGCAGAACCAGCUGAAUUCAGAGAAGCUGGCCCUGCAAGAGCAGCUUCAGGCCGAGACUGAGCUGUGUGCCGAGGCCGAGGAGAUGCGCUCACGUCUGGCCACACGCAAACAGGAGCUGGAGGACAUCCUCCAUGACCUGGAGGCCCGCGUGGAGGAAGAGGAGGAGCGGGUCACCCAGCUGCAGACGGAGAGGAAGAAGAUGCAGCAGAAUAUCACGGACCUCGAGCAGCAGCUGGAUGAGGAGGAGGGGGCCAGGCAGAAGCUGCAGCUGGAGAAGGUCACCACGGAUGCCAAGCUGAAGAAGAUCGAGGAGGAUGUGAUGGUUCUUGAAGACCAGAACAACAAACUCAACAAGGAGAAGAAGCUGCUGGAGGAUAGAAUCUCAGAGUCAACCAGCAACCUGGCUGAGGAGGAGGAGAAGUCCAAGAGCCUUCAGAAGCUCAAGAACAAACACGAGGCCAUGAUCACCGACUUGGAGGACCGACUGAGAAAGGAGGAGAAGCAGAGGCAGGAGCUGGAGAAGAACAGGCGCAAGCUGGAGGGAGACUCCACCGACCUGCACGACCAGAUGGCUGACCUGCAGGCCCAAAUCGCUGAGCUCCGUGCCCAACUGGCCAAGAAGGAAGAGGAGCUGCUCAAAGCACUGUCCAGGAUCGAGGAGGAGUCUGCGGCCAAGAACCAGGCUCAGAAGAAGAUUCGCGAGCUGGAGGCCCAGAUCUCGGAGCUGCAGGAGGACCUGGAGCUGGAGAGGGCGGCCAGGACCAAGGCUGAGAAACACCGCAGAGACCUCGGAGAGGAGCUGGAAGCCCUCAAGACUGAGCUGGAGGACACACUGGACUCUACCGCCGCACAGCAUGAGCUCAGGACCAAGCGCGAGUCUGAGGUGACCCAAAUGAAGAAGGCUCUGGAUGACGAGGCCAAGGUCCAUGAGCAGCAGAUGGCCGAAAUGAGACACAAGCACAACCAGGCCUUCGACGAGCUCAACGAGCAACUGGAGCAAGCCAAGAGGAACAAGGCGUCCGUGGACAAGGCCAAGCAGGCCCUGGACAGUGAGAAGAGCGAGCUGGUCAUCGAGGUUCAGACGCUGCUUCAGGGGAAGGGCGAGCUGGAGCACCGCAAGAAGAAGGCGGAGACCCAGCUGCAGGAGCUGCAGAUCAAACACGGCGAGGCGGAGCGACAGAGGCACGACCUGGCCGACAAAGUGACAAAACUGCAGCUGGAGUUGGACAACUCCAACAGCAUGUUGAGCGCAGUUGAAGGCAAGUCCAUCAAGGCCUCCAAAGACUGCUCCGCUGUGGAGUCUCAGUUGCAGGACGUACAGGAGUUGCUCCAGGAGGAGACCCGCCAGAAGCUCUCCUUCUCCACCCGCCUGAGGCAGAUGGAGGACGACCAGCACAACCUCCGGGACCUGCUGGAGGAGGAGGAGGAGGCCAAGAAGAACAUGGAGAAGCAGGUCUUCACCCUCCAAGCUCAGCUGGCUGACAUGAAGAAGAAGGUGGAUCAUGAGGCUUUGUCCCUGGAGGGGGCGGAGGAGAGCAAGAAGAAGCUGCAGAGGGAGAUGGAUGGGAUGCUGCAGCAGCUGGAGGAGAAGAGCUCCGCCUACGACAAGCUGGACAAGACCAAGACCCGUCUGCAGCAGGAGCUGGACGACAUGAUGGUGGACCACGACCACCUCAGGCAGAUCGUCAACAACCUGGAGAAGAAGCAGAAGAAGUUCGACCAGAUGCUGGCUGAGGAGAAGACCGUCUCCACCAAGUACGCUGAGGAGCGCGACCGGGCGGAGGCCGAGGCCAGGGAGAAGGACACCCGGGCCCUGACUCUAGCCCGCGAGCUGGAGACCAUGACUGACAUGAAGGCCGAUAUCGACCGCGCAAACAAGCUCCUCAAGGCCGAGAUGGAAGAUCUCGUCUCCUCCAAGGACGACGUCGGCAAGAGCGUCCACGAGCUGGAGAAGUCGAAGCGAGGGAUGGACCAGCAGCUGGAGGAGAUGCGGGUGCAGCUGGAGGAGCUGGAGGACGAGCUGCAGGCCACGGAGGACGCCAAGCUGCGCCUGGAGGUCAACAUGCAGGCCAUGAAGGCCCAGUUCGACAGGGACCUGCAAGCCCGGGACGAGCAGGGAGAGGAGAAGAGGAAGCAGCUGGUCAAGCAGGUGCGAGAGAUGGAGGUGGAGUUGGAGGAUGAGCGCAGACAGAGGAGUCUGGCCCUGUCGUCUAAGAAGAAGCUGGAGCUGGACUUGGCAGAGCUGGAAGCUCAGAUAGACAUGGCUAAUAAGGGUCGCGAUGAAGCCCUCAAACAGCUCAAGAAACACCAGGCCCACAUGAAGGAUCUGAUGAGGGAGCUGGAAGAGUUGCGUCUGUCGAGGGAGGAGGCCCUUGACGAGGCCAAGGAGAACGAGAAGAAGGUCAAGUCCAUGGAGGCUGACGCCAUGCAGCUCCACGAGGACCUGGCCACAUCAGAAAGGAUGAAGCGACAGGCCCAGAGCGAGAGAGACGAGCUGCAGGACGAAAUCAACAGCCAUGCCUCCAAGAACUCCCUGAUUGCGGACGAGAAGAGGAAGCUGGAGGCUCGUAUCGCCCAGCUGGAGGAGGAUCUGGAGGAGGAACACCUCAACACCGACAUGGUCAACGACCGCUUGAAGAGGAGCACUCUACAGUGCGACCAGGUCACUGCAGAGCUGGCAGCGGAGCGCAGUACCAGUCAGAACCUGGAGGGCACCCGCUCCCAGCUGGAGCGCCAGAACAAGGAGCUGAAGCUGAAGCUGCAGGAGCUGGAGAGCACCAUCAAGAGCAAGUACAAGUCCUCCAUCGCUGCCCUGGAGGCCAAGAUCGCCCAGCUGGAGGAGCAGUUGGACAUCGAGACAAAAGAACGUCAGCAGGCCACAAGACAGACCAGGCGCACGGAGAAGAAGCUGAAGGAGGUCGUGCUGCAGGUGGAUGACGAGAGACGCAACAGCGACCAAUACAAAGACCAGGCGGAGAAACUGAACAUCCGUAUGCGUCAGUUGAAGAGGCAGCUGGAGGAAUCCGAGGAGGAAGUGACCCGGGCCAAUGCCUCCCGCAGGAAGAUGCAGAGAGAGCUGGAGGACGUCACAGAGACUGCAGACUCCAUGAACCGAGAGGUCAGCACCUUGAAGAGCAAGCUCAGGCGGGGAGACGUGCCUUUCAACAUGCGCCGAGUUAUCAACCGCUCAGGCCUGGAAAGUGACGAGGAGUCUGAGCUCCAGAGUGAGGCGUCUGAGCCCACACCGGAGUGAAAGGUUGUGGACAAAAUCCCAAACAUACAAGAUCUACUCAGUCCAGAAAGAGAUGUUGGUUAUUUCAGGUUCCACAGAUAUAUUUCAUUUAGCUCAUACUGGACCUGAUUGGCAUAAUCCUCCAAUUCUAAAGCAAUACUAUAUGAAACUCGAUAUGCUGGGCCAAAUGAUGUUUUCGAAUGUGCAUCUUUUUUUAAAGAGGCUUUCCUAACGUAACUUUUUUCUAGAAAUAUUUUUCUACUAUGCUGCUUCAAUAUAAGAGAUUAAUUUUAGAAAACAACUUUCAUUUCAUAUAUUCUCUAGCUGUUUCUAGUCCUGUACAUUAUGACAUCUAAUAAGGAUUGGGCAUGUGAUGUUUUUCAUAUCAUUGUGGGCUUUUGGGGGGUAAUUGAGGUACUAGUCUAAAGCAGUAGCCUAUGGCUUAUUUAAAAUGAUUUGAUAUUGCAUGUUUGCAUUUUCCCUCUGUUCAGUUUCAGCAUGCACAAUACCUCCGUUGUUGAGACAAAACUGUACUUCUCACAAGAACUCGCAUAGAUAUACUGUUUGAAAACUUGUGACUGCACUUUACUGUCUAAUGGUCUGACUACUGAAACUAUUUAGCCUUAAAACUUAUAUUAAUCAAAACGGUGGGUAUCAUUUAAAACGGUACGGGGAGCUCAUUUGUUUAGGUUUUGUAUUCAUAGAUGUUGCCAUGAUGAGGUUGAGGUGGUGGGUAGUACACACUUUAAUCUUUGAUCCUUGCUUGACAUGAUUGGUGAAUAAAUAAGUACCUAUUUUCUAUCAGAAUAAAUACUCAUGUGCUUAA